CAAGGAAGAGACCAAACCCCGCCGGGAAGUCCAAAAUGGCAAAGGAGAGGCCAACUCAUCCUUGUCCUGUCGCCAUCUCAGUAUCUCACACCUUAAACUCGACCACAUCCUAAGCCACCUUCACUUCGCAUAAACCUCUUCGGUUCUCUCAAUCCAGCUCGAACCCCAGUUCAGUUAUUAGCUGUUUUUUCUGUUACAAAUGGUGACCGUUAAAGAAGGCACAAGGCCGCCGUGGGUGGGGUUAGGAGCGGCGGUGUGGGUCCAAAUAGCCGCCGGAAACGCCUAUAACUUCCCGCUUUAUUCGCACUCGCUCAAGUCCGUGCUGGGGUUCAGUCAGCGACAGUUGACCAUGCUCGGAGUGGCUAAUGAUAUUGGGGAAAACGUUGGACUUGUACCUGGGAUUGCUUCCAACAAGCUCCCACCUUGGAUGAUACUUUCGAUUGGAGCUUUCGCUUGUUUCUUUGGUUACGGUGUGCUCUGGCUCGCUGUCAGCCGUACUGUUCUGUCUUUACCUUAUUGGUUGUUAUGGAUUGCUCUUUGUGUUGCUACUAAUAGUAGUGCUUGGCUUACCACGGUUAUACUUGUGACCAAUAUGAGGAACUUUCCUGUUAGUCGUGGCACCGUUGCGGGCAUUCUGAAAGGUUAUGGGGGUCUCAGUGCUGCUGUGUUUACAGAGAUUUAUAGUGUACUGCUUCGUAAUUCAUCUUCUAGGCUUCUACUCUUCCUUACACUUGGGGUUCCUGCACUGUGUUUUGUUAUGAUGUAUUUCGUUAGGCCUUGUACUCCAGCUUCUAGUGAAGACUCAGCGGAGCGCGGUCACUUUCUCUUCAUCCAAGCCGCAAGUGUGGUGGUUGGUAUAUAUGUGCUCACAACUACAAUAUUGGAUGACUCCUUUUCCUUGAGUGCUCCUAUUACCUAUAGUUUUGUUACCAUAAUGGUUGUACUUCUCAUGGCCCCACUCGCAAUCCCUCUGAAAAUGACAUUUUAUCCCAAAAGAGUCGGCGCUUCUGGUAAUUUGGAUAAUGGGGACAACAAUGCAGAUGAAAGUGAACCACUGCUGAAGCCAUCUAUAUCAACAGCAAGCCUGGGGAGUUUUCGUGAAGGGAAUGAUUCUUCGUCUGACAUAGCUAUGCUUCUUGCAGAGGGUGAGGGGGCAGUGAAGAGAAAGAGAAGACCCAAAAGAGGGGAAGAUUUCAAGUUUACUGAAGCUGUGAUCAAGGCCGACUUCUGGCUUCUGUUUUUGGUUUAUUUUGUAGGUGUUGGUACUGGGGUUACUGUUCUGAAUAAUUUAGCUCAAAUAGGCAUUGCACAAGGAACACAUGAUACCACGAUUUUGUUGUCUCUCUUCAGCUUUGGCAAUUUUGUGGGUCGUCUCGGCGGAGGAGUUGUUUCUGAACAUUUUGUCAAGACGAAAACAAUUCCGCGGACAUUUUGGAUGACUUGCACUCAAAUUUUAAUGAUCUUUAUCUAUCUGCUGUUUGCUUCUGCUAUCAGCGGAACUCUUUAUGCUGCGACUGCACUGCUUGGGAUCUGCUACGGUGUCCAAUUUUCGAUCAUGAUCCCGACUGUCUCUGAACUCUUUGGAUUGAGGCAUUUUGGCUUAUUCUACAACUUCAUGUCGCUAGGGAAUCCUCUAGGCGCAUUUCUAUUUUCAGGUCUCCUAGCAGGAUACAUAUACGAUAACGAGGCAGCAAAGCAGCACGGUCUCAACUACCUCCAUGGAACAAACGUCUCCUGCUUGGGUCCAGAUUGCUUUAGGCUUACCUUCCUUGUUCUGGCAGGCGUAUGUGGUGUCGGCACAAUCUUGAGCGUUGUUCUGUCUACUAGGAUAAAGCCUGUUUAUGAAAUGCUUUAUGCCGGUGGUUCCUUCAGACUACCUCAGAAUACCAGUAACUAAGAUCAUUGAGCGGUAGUCACUGUAAGUUCAACUGCUUUCAUACUGAAGCACAUCUCUGUUGGUAUCGUUCAUGUAUAGAAUGGUGCAGCUGAUGUGGUCAACUGGAUCCUCUUGGGCUCUUGUUGUUUACAUAUAUUUAUAUGUUUCUGGUAUUCAAUAGGAGAUGAGGUAGCUGAACCUGAAAUCUCUGCUAAUAUUUUGUCCGAGAGAAAUACAUCAUUAGUAGACUGAAUGCUAGUCUAAUCUUUAAACC